CACACGUCAAACAGCAAUGUAAUCAUAUCUCUGGAAAAACUCCAGAGAUAAGAUCAAUUAGAUCGCUAUAAUGUACGAACGCCAACCCCCCCAAACACACACACACACCCCACCUCCCUCACGAUCCGCGGGAGAUUUGUGGGAACACAAGCCGGUCCAUGGAUCAAAAAAGGUUGGGGACCACUGCAUUAAACAACACCAUGGAGUACUAUAAUGCCCUGUACACAUAGCGUGAUUCGGGAAGACUCCCUAAUUUAAUCGAGGUAAGCUACUGAAACCCACGUUUUCGCAAAUCCUAAGCCCAGGUGUUCCCUGAAUGCCUCCUUAUUGCAUGUGUCUGAAGUCUGUGCUAUUUCUAACUUUAAGCUCCUUUCAAGCCUGCUAACUAUCUUUCUGAACUUGGAUUGACCCAUACCUGUUUGACUAAUCUGUUUAUUGUUAUUUCUCAAACAAUACCAAAACAAUACAAUUUUGGAGUGCUCCCCACAUAGCCCAGACAUACAACUGGGUUCAGGUUUGCAGACAUACUUGGCCACUCCAUCACGUUUCCCUCAGAGAGGCACUUGUUAUCGUGGAAGAAUGUCUGUGCUCCUUAUCAUAUUGCAUGAUAUGAGAAAGAAUAAGGAAAACCAUGCCCUGCUUCAGAACGUCACAGUGCAAGUUGGAAGCCAUAUUUCUCUCAAUGGACCAUGGCUCCCCUUACUGGACAGAAAGGCUAAAAAAAAAACCCCAUUUACAUAUAUUUAAAGCCAGGCUUUGGAAUUUUCAUUAUUAGUAUCAACAGUAUCAGCUUUUUUCAUUACAUUGUGAGUUAUUGCUCUAUUUUUUCCAUUUUUUUUGUGUGGUUCAUUUAAUUUCUACCACGUGCCACAGGCCAGCAAUAAAUGAGUCAAGGGCCGCAAGUGGCCCCCAGGCUGCACCCUGCUCUAGUAUAUCGAAGAUUAAUUUUUAUAGCGCAGUAGAUCCUCGUUUCUUUCAUUCUGGACUCACCCGGCAUUAGCGAAAAUCAGCGAGUAAUUGAUAUGCCCAUAAAAAGCCCUAACCCCUAAUCCUAACCCUAACCCCAAACCCUUUUGACACACGGCUUGCCUCUCUCCCUGCAAACCCUCCUGCCAUUGUUCACUCGUGACACAUUCGUUCAGGAAAAAAAAAAAGUCUAGUGGGCACUCGGCCUGGGACGACAAUAAAUGAAUUAAUCACACAAUAAGUGAAAAUGAACUUGAUCAUUUUCCUCAAUAUGUUAGGAUAAUUGGCGACUCUAUGGUAUGAAUGUGAGUGUGAAUGGUUGUUGUCUAUAUGUGCCCUGCGAUUGGCUGGCGACCAGUCCAGGGUGUACCCCGCCUGUCGCCCGAAGUCAGCUGUGAUAGGCUCCAGCAUGCCCCCGCGACCCUAAUGAGGAGAGGCGGCAUACAAGAUGGAUGGAUGGAUGGAUAUUGUUUUUGGUUUACUUGUCCCCAUGCCUCCAAACAGGCAGGAAGAGGGUUCACUCUGUGCAUUAGUUUCAGCACCUUGGCGUGUUUCUUCCAUAGAACAACGGCAUGAACAGAGUGAGCCCUUUUGUCAGUCAGACAGUGUCUUCGUCUCGGUGUGUGGAAGCAGGCUGGUAGCAUAAACACAGCGUGCAGAAGAGCGUAACGUAGUAGACAUUGAACAAGUAGACUGCAAUAUAUUGUCAUAUUUUUUCAUUGUACUUUUCUUAAAAGUACAAUUAUGUGUUUGAUUUUUGGACUUAUAUUCUGUGAAAGUACAGCAGAUUUUGAUUACAUUACUUUACUGUGACAGUGUAAUUUUACAAUUAUUUGUUGCAAUUUUGCAGGGGCUUUUGAAUACAGUAUUUUACUGUGAAAUAGAACUGUGAAAUCCUGGUAAUAUUUUACAGUGUAUCCGUGAGGUGUAAAGAUAUAAACAUGAUAAAAAUGUGGGUUUCUACAUGUAGUAUGCUGUACAUUUGACAUGUGUUGUCACGUAAUUAUUAAUUAUGAGUGGGUGAAUGAGAUGUGUUUCCUGCGGAAAAAACAGCCUAUUUUCGGACAACAUUCAAAUUUGGAGAGGUUGCAAAUGCUAAAUCGCGAAUGUGCAACCGUAUUGUCCCAUACUGUAAUACAAAUGGUUGAUAUACAGUACCCACCAGUAAAAAGCAUUAAUCUGUUCCACGGUUGUGUUAUAUACUGUAUUCACCAGUUUUGUCUUACCCUCUGCACAGUUGUUGCCCUCGUAAGGUCUGUGGCACUCACACAUGUAACUCCUCCAUCCCUGGCUCACACAGCGCCCCCGGUUCUGACAGGGGCUGUCGUCGCAUUUGUCAUUAUCGUUGCAGCCCAUCGUGACAUUAACCUGGCCGUCAGAAGCUUUCAGCAAUGUCACAGGCACCACCAGAUGCGAGUCCACAAACACAUCUCUCAAGCAGCCCAGAAAAGCAUGCGAGGGUUCUCUUCUGUGUGCUCCAAUGAAGAGGCUUUGACGGGCUGUCCCAGGCUGGGGGAGCGCAGAGGCAGGCUCAAGAACAUGGACCUCUGUGCUGGUGUCCCUGGUGCAGUUUCCUUCAGUACAGAGGAGCCUGAUGAGGCUGACCACACCGCCCAGUGAUGCCUCCACCGUGUGCCAUUUGUUGUUGGAAAUAUACACCGGCAGCUCCUGAACCAGUGUGCUGGAUCCUUGAUUUCUGAGGCUGCGGAGGCACAGGCGACCAUCCAUUAGCUCAAUGCUGAGGAGGAGGUCAGCCACUCUGCUCUGCAAGAGGGUGCCAACAGGUCUUUCUGUCCGGAAGCUGAGAGUAACAUUUAGAGGUGCUACCGGGUCAACAAGAGGAGUCUCUAUAUACAUGUAACCCUGGGUCUCAAACGAAAAAACAGUGGAGGUCUGGCAUUUGGACCCUGAGAAACCAGCCAGGCAGACGCAUGUGAGUGAUUCAUGCAUGGUAUCCUGACCUACACUCCAAUGAAGAAAAAAGUGUGUAAUUCUUUGCCUGCCAGUUGCAGCAGGCAAAGGCGAGCCAUUAAAGUAUAUGCAACUUCAGGGGGUACUGUGCAGGAAUCCAGUAUGCCAACCAGCUCUCAUACUGUCCGACAAUCAGACCCACAAAACAGGCACCUGGCCAUGGCGCAGCACAGCCACAACUUACUUAAAUUCUUGAAUGAGGAUCGGACUCGACAGAGGUUCUGCGAUGUGACUGUGUCCGUGGGUGGGAGGCUAUACGGAGCACACAAAGUGGUAUUGGCACACGGGAGUAGUUAUUUCCACGCUGAGCUAUCCAAGAACCCCGCCAUAGCCCAUGUGACUCUGGACCACGUGGAAGACUCUGUAUUCCAGCACCUGCUGGGCUUGUUGUACACCUCCGAGUGCGUUAUUGCAGAGAGAGAGGUCCAGGCUCUAAUUGAAGCGGCCCGGUUCUUGGACAUGAUGGAUGUAUUAAAGUUGCUGUGUGAAGAAGGAGGCAACAACCCUGUAAGUGUGAUCCGGGCUGAGACUGAAUCAAGAGGUUCUCCUGAGGGACUAGUGACACCCACUCAUUCUCCAACAAGUGUUGUUGACACUGAAAGCUCAUGUCAUCAACCGUUUUGCACAGAAAACAGCACACAGGACCAGAGCCAAACUAACACAGAGAAGAUGUCUGGUGAUAAGGUGGCUGUCAUGCGGCGAUCUACUCGAAGGAGGAAAACUCCGACGAAGUAUCUGAAGGAUGACAUGGCUUACACACCUGAGGAAGCACAAACAAGUGAGCCAGCAAGGGAGCAGGUUGAAGAAAGAUUAGAAGAAGAAGCUGUCGCGAGAAGCAAACUGCAUGUGAAUGAAACAAAAUCAUCACAGUUGGAAGACUUGGUGGGUGAGGAGGAUGACGGGGAGGAUGAAGGAGGCCUCAGUGAGGAGGGGGCUGUGCAGAAGAAAGCCGCUGAGCCCCGUGCUGAAAGCAGCGGUGCAGAUGACAGGGUAGCGCAUGUGACCGCCAGCGAGGUGGAAGUGAAAACGCCAGCAGCAGGAAGUUCCAGCCAGAGUCCAGUGUACCCUGAAGGCCUGGCUCCAGUCAUCAUCCACACCUCCAGCAAGAAGACUCUCAAGUGCCCCAAAUGUGACAAGACCUUUGACCGAGCAGGGAAGUACGAGAGUCACACGAGAGUGCACACGGGAGAAAAACCCUUCCAGUGUGACGUCUGUCUCCAGUGCUACUCCACCAAGUCCAACUUGACUGUUCACAAAAAGAAACACGCCAGCGACGCUCCCUUCCAGAAGAAAGAACACAAGUGUCCCUUUUGUAAUAAACUCCACGCGAGCAAGAAAACGCUGGCUAAGCAUGUCAGGAGGUUCCACCCAGACCAUCUCCAAGAGUUUCUCAGUAAGAGGAAGAAGAAGAGUGAAGGCUGGAAAUGUGCUAUUUGUAUGAAGAUCUUUUCCCGCAGGCCUCACUUGCAGGAACAUAUGAUCCUGCACACACAAGACCGGCCAUUCAAAUGCUCCUUCUGUGACGAGUACUUCAAGUCCAGGUUCGCCAGGCUCAAGCACCAGGAAAAGUACCACUUGGGUCCUUUCCCGUGUGAGUUCUGUGGUCGACAGUUCAACGACACGGGCAACAGGAAGAGGCACAUUGAAUGCACACAUGGAGGGAAAAGAAAGUGGACGUGCCUUGUUUGUGGCAAAUCAGUGAGGGAAAGGACAACCUUGAAGGAGCACAUGCGCAUCCACAGUGGCGAGAAGCCCCACCUCUGUAGUAUCUGUGGGCAGAGCUUCCGCCAUGGCAGCUCCUACAGGCUCCACUUGAGAGUCCACCAUGACGACAAGCGCUACGAGUGUGAUCAAUGUGGGAAGACGUUCAUACGCCACGAUCACCUGACCAAACAUCAGAAAAUUCACUCUGGUGAAAAAGCCCAUCAGUGUGAAGAAUGCGGGAAGUGUUUCAGGCGCCACGACCAUUUAACAGUCCACUACAAAAGCGUUCAUUUGGGAGAGAAAGUUUGGCAGAAAUACAAAACAGCCAUGCAUCAGUGUGAGGUUUGCAAGAAAGAAUUUAAAGGAAAAUCCAGUCUUGAAAUGCACUUCAGGACACACUCAGGUGAGAAACCCUUCAGAUGUCCAGAGUGCCCCCAGACGUUUCGGAUCAAGAAGACCCUGACAAAGCACAUGGUUAUCCACUCUGAUGAUCGUCCUUUCAACUGCCAGCACUGCAACGCCACCUUCAAGAGGAAAGACAAGCUCAAGUACCACGUGGACCACGUGCACAGCAACCGCUUGCCCGGGCAGCCCCUCGGCACGUCAGGCCAGGACAAGAUCGGCCCAGGUACUUACAGUGCAGAACCCAAGUCAACCGCACCGUCUGGCGACGCACCCGCAAACGUGUGCGUGCCCGUCACGUUAGUCCCUGUCGGGAUGGCAGGCGGGCCUCAGGGUGAACUGGACGCUCACAGGACCGCUCAAACGCACAGCAUGGUGAGCAUGCAGCCGCAAACGCAGCAGCAGAACUCUGGCGGCUACCAGGCAGCCACAGAGCUGGCCUUUUUAGAGAAAUACACCCUCACGCCACAGUCGGCCAACAUCGUUCACCCCUUGAGGCCCGAUCAGAUGCUGGACGCCCGAGAGCAGUCGUACUUAGGAACGUUGCUCAGUUUGGAUUCUACUUCCUCCGUGGAGGAUGUUAGAGUUAAAAUUAGUUAGUAUUCCAAUAUUUUAUUGUCAAUAAAUGGAUUUUUAAUGUGCUAUUAUAGAGUAUUAUGUGUUGCAUUUUAAGGAGAAAAAGGAUAUGAUUUAUUUUGGAAUGUGAUGGUCAUAAAAUGUGGAAAAAGUGAAGGUGGGUGUGUGCUUUUUAUAGCCACCGUACAAACAGUAUCAUCCACAUGUAAAAAAAAAAAACCAACUUCACCAACUUUGCAUUUUGAUCCUUCUUUUUAUUCUAUUUUAAUUACAGGAUUUUAGCUCAGAUGUUCCCGCUUUGCCCAGUGAAUGUAUGUUUUCUAACCGUUGAUGCACUUGCUAUAACCGCAACUUUUCACAACAAUGACAGAGUUCAUCUUCAAAAUCUAAGCCAGUGGUGAUGCUCUCGGGACAGUUUGUGUUCUGAAUAAAUAAGACGUAUUUAAAAGUCUGUCAUUGAUAUGGUUCUUAGCCCUUAAAU